AUGCUGCCGUACCUGUUCCCUGAGCUGUCCACCUUUGCUACAGUCGCCGAUCUUAUCACCCACCUUCGCACUAGUGAUGCUCGCCUGCGUGCCGCCCUUCCCACCGAGUUCUGCGCUAAGAAUCCCCCUCCACUGUACUGGACACUCCACUUCAUACUCACAGUCGCCCUCCUAGAGGAGCAGCUGCUAGCGGCCGAAAAGAGCAUUGUAGCUGUCGGUGCUGCUCGUGGCGCUCCUCGCACCCCCAUCUUUGAGGGGUGUUCUCCCUCUCCCCUCGCUCCCUCCUACGCUGUUGCUGCUGCUGUUGACUUCCUUGGUGCUGAGUCUGCUGGCGCUGCUUCUGCUCCUGGUGGGAGGCGCCGCACCGGCAAGGGCAAGGGGGGCAAGGGUGGCGGGGGUGGCGCUGGGGGGGGAGGAGGUGGGGGAGGUGGGGGGGGAGGCGGUGCUGGAGGGAGCGGUGGCGGGAGCGCUGGUGGGAGUGGGGUCGGCGGUGGAGGCGGGGGCGGCGGAGGAAGCAGUGGCAGUAGUGGCGGCGGCGGCGGUGGCGGCGGUGGCGGUGGUGGCGGUGGCGGUCGGAGCGGUGGUAGUGGUGGCGGCGGAAGUCGGAGUGGAGGCACUGGCUCGGGCCAGAGCUCCCAGCAGCAGCAGCGUCCCCAGACGACCCAGCAGCUUCGUGAGUGGCUUGCUCAGCGUGGGACGUCGGGGGGCAGUGGCCGCUGUUCUUAUGUCAUUCGCACAGGUGACCGCAAGGGACAGACGUGUGGGAGGUUCCACACCCCGUACCGCUGCUUCUCCCGCCUUGACGACGCUUGGCGUGAGGAGAUGGGUGCGGAUGUUGAGCGCCCCCGCUGGGCUGAGCUCAUGAGGGCUGGUGUUGAUGUCUUUGCUCUUGACUAUGAUGCUAUUAUUGCUGCCAUGUAUGCAUUGACUGUUAGUGCCGAGGGAGACUGUUACUUGUGUGUGCCGCCUGACCCAGGUAUAGAGCCCGCUGCCCUGGGUACUAGUGAGUCUGCUCUCUCUGGUAUGGUGCCCCCUGUACUUGCUCCCUCCAGUGCUGUCCCGGCUGUUUGCGAGUCUGCUCUCUCAGGUACAGCACCCACAGAGACUGCUCUCUCAGGUACCGCACCGGCUGAGGCCUGUUACACCUUCACCCUUGACUCAGUCCUUGCCCAGUCCACCACUGUGCUCCCUUGUCCGGCGGUUCCGUCUGGCUCGUUGUCGGGUUUCCACCUCCCCUCGUUCUCGACGAACCUGGUGAGCAACGCUGUCAUCCAGGAUCAGUGGGUUGACACCUUUACCCCUGGAGGACAGCGUGUGGCGAUCUGCACGUGCUCCAGGACCGGCCGUCACCUGGCUACGUUUACCCGUCGGCCGGGGUCGAGUCUCUACACACUGACCACUGCGUCUCCUCAGGUCGCUGCUGUCCGUCAGGUGUCCGCGUCAGGUCUAGUGGCCCACGCCUCCCGCGUUCGUGGCCAGGGCGGUGAGCGGUACUUUUUGCUGGUUGUCGACGACUACUCGCGUUACACCACGGUCUUCCCCUUGCGCACCAAGGGUGAGGUCCCUGCUGUUCUGAUCCCUUGGAUCCGCACAGUUCGUCUCCAGCUCCGCCGCCGUUUCCGGACGGAUCUUCCUGUCCUGCGUCUGCACUCUGACAGAGGUGGUGAGUUUUCCUCCGAUCUCUUAAGGACCUUCUGUCAGGCGGAGGGCAUCGAGCAGACCUUCACGCUUCCGGACUUCCCACAGCAGAAUGGGGUUGCUGAGCGCCGCAUUGGCCUGGUCAUGGAGGUCGCUCGUACCUCCUUGGUCCACGCGGCGGCUCCCCAUUUUCUGUGGCCGUUUGCUGUCCCGUACGCCGCGCAUCAGCUCAACCUCUGGCCCCGUGUCUCCUUGCCGGAGACCUCGCCCACACUGCGUUGGACGGGAGAGGUUGGCGAUGCGUCGCGCUUCCGGGUGUGGGGUGCUCGUGCCCUUGUCCGCGAUACUUUUACCACCCCACCUCGCGCCGGGUCUUCGCCUCUCAGGACGUCACCUUUUACGAGUCGGUCCCUUAUUACCGUCUCUUCCCCUUCCGCACUGCCCCCCUCCCUCCCCCGCCGCUUUUCCUUGCUCUUGGUCCCCCUCCGGUAG